UACAGAGAACAUCAUACAUAAGUACGUAUGUGAAGUGUAAAAAUGGCUGCUCGUUUAACCGUAGGUUUAAAAGAAGCAAAACCAAUUUUGUCAGUAAGUCCUGUAGAUGCUCGUAGAAGAGUAAUAACAUUAUAUAAAACAUGGUACCGCCAAAUUCCAUUUAUCUUGUCAAACUACGAUCUUCCAGUGUCAAAAGAAGAUUGUGUAAAAAAGUUACGGGAAGAAUUUGAACGUCAUGCCAACGUAAAGGAUAUAAGAGUGAUCGAUAUCUUACUUAUUAAAGGACAAAUGGAACUUCAAGAAACUUGCUCUCAAUGGAAACCAGCUGCAACAUUAAUGAAUUAUUGGAAAUCAACUCAUGAACCAAAGCCAAAGGACUUCAUGUCCAAGUUCAUUUCAGGUCACGAUUAAAAUGUUUAAUUGUACAAUAUAUUUAUAAGUUAUGUAGUGUAAUUAAAUGUAUAUAAUUUUUAAGCUAUAUAAAAAGAAUAUAUACGAUAUUUCA